CACACACACAUACAUAUAUACAAUCCACUUCACCAUCGCUUUCUUUUCUGCAACUGUAACUCAGCAUCCACGCGGCCACUCCGAAAACGUUUUCCAUGCCAUAUAUUUUGAAUCAAUUUAUACAUAACACAGAUCACGCCGACAUUUUUACCCACAAUUGAAUCAGUGAGGGUUUUUGCAUUUCAUUUCCUUUUCGCUAGAAAAAAUGUCCGCUUCAUCAUGCUGCUCUUCUUCUGCUCUCUUCUCGCUCGCGCUCCGCCGCCGCCGGUACGGAGUUGCGCCGUCGAACUCAGUGAGUCACCCGCAGCUGAUUCAGCGGUUCGAUCUCUCGUUCCGAGCUCAGAGGAGACCCGGCGCCCCCAAAUCCCUACGCGUCUCCUGCCUUGGUGAUAACAAAGCUCCACUGGUUACUGGCAAAUCAUGGAAUAAGCUGAUAUUAGACAGUGAAUCCCCUGUGCUUGUGGAAUUUUACGCGAGUUGGUGCGGGCCGUGCAGAAUGGUUCAUCGCGUGAUAGAUGAAAUAGCAACUGAAUACAAAGGGAUAUUGAAGUGCUUUGUAGUUGAUGCAGACAAUGACUCGCAAAUUGCUGAGGACUAUGAUAUUAAGGCUGUACCGGUUGUGUUGCUCUUCAAAAACGGUGAGAAACUCGAGUCUAUUAUUGGCACCAUGCCUAAAGAGUUCUAUGUCGCAGCUAUUGACAGGGUUUUGGCUUCAUAGAUUUAGCUUAUUAAGAGUGAAAUGUUUCGGGUUUUUUUUUUGGUUCCAAGAAUUGAUAGAAGCAUUGCUUCUCCUAUUAAAUUUUUCUUUUUUUUCUUCCACAUCAAAUGUUUGUACAGAAGCCAGUUUCUCAGUGUAUUCAAGAACUAUGUUCUUUUUAAUGAACUUGUAGUGAUAUUUUGAAGUGAAUUUGGUGGUCUUGUUUCAUUA